UGCUGUAGAUUGUCUUUGAUGUUAUUUGUCCACAGGGCUGAAUUCAGUCUCUGGUCCACACUCCGCGGCAGAAGGUGGCGUUAUGGGCCUCAUACUUGUUGCCAACCGCCGAUGAAAAUCAAGAGGAUGAAGCCGAACUAAGCAGAGAGAGGGACGGGAGCAGGAGGGAGUCCACAGAGCAAACUCUGUCUCCACUGUAGCGUAGCUAGCUAAAUCUGCCGCUAACUGCCAGCUAUGUAGUCCGACCAGCCUGUUCCAUGAACAGAAGAGAAGCCGGGUGUUUCAAGGUUUUUGACAGAAUGGCGCACACUUACCGGGGUAUCUUGAAUUCUCGGCUCUGGUGAACAUUUGUGACCCCCAUCCAGCAACAACAACAUCUGCCUAACAAGCUAACAAGCGGUUAGCAUUAGCAACAAACCGCUGAACAGCUGUCAACCGGAAGGCCGCCGCCGCCGCACCGGUGGGGAUUUAACUUUCUCUGUCCGUGUCUGGACUGAACCAACACAAAGUCAGUCUAGCCAAUGAUAAACCGCUGUUUAUUCUUUAUCGGUAAGAAUGGAGUCCUCUUUGGGGAUAUGCGAAGAGGAGUGCUUGGCAACUGUAAGAGGUCAGGAGCUGAGGGCUGGCCUGAAGGAGCCCAGACUACUGUCACUAAUUGAGCGCAGUGGAGAGUUUAUAUUGGGUGUUUUGGCCACCCCUGAUGCUGUUGUGUCUCGUCCAGUGGCUCAGCUGUCUAUACCCAUCAAUGGUAAUUUUGAAAUUGUGCGAGAGGCUGAAGAGGCGCUUCUUAUUAACUUCUCAGUAGAUUCCUGUGUUAGGAUACGAAUCAAAGGAGAAAAAGCCCCAGAGCUGCUGUUGGAACUUGAGGAUGAUGAUCGGACUCAGACUUUCUUCGCCCAGGUGAAGAGUGCUCAGCAACAAGUUGAAUCUAAACUCACGAAACCCAAAGCGAUGGAGCCCCUUGCACCAACAGCCCUGAGAGGUCCAGUCCCCAUCCCACCGCAAAGAGCAAACAAGACCGCUAACUCUGUGGGCUCUGCAGUCAACCCACCCAAAUCUGCCAGUGUACUGCCUCCCAACCUCAACAAUAGCAUGUCAACAAAUCAGACUAACACAGGUCCAGUUCAAUCGCUCGCCUCAUACUUUGGCUUUGAGGAAAACUUCAACAACGCUCUCAAAGUGGAAGAAAAGAAGAACCACCAGAAUCGCAUAGUGGCCUGUAGGGAGCCUCCUCCUCUUCCCCCUUUGCCUCCUCGCAAAGCCUCCUACACUCCAUCCAAUCCUCUGCCUCCUCCACCAGUCCCUAAAGACAGAGCUGUCUCCGUACAGGCCAAAGACAACUCCUUCAACACUAGCACCAAACCAGAUUUUAGGUCAGGAUUUGACCACUUGGACAGGCCAGCGUCUUGGUGCGACAGCCCCACCACCAACACCAUGAGACAGGCCAUGUUAUCCAGCCAGGCAGGACAAAGAGAAUACCUCAUCAAACACCGCCUGGGUAAGAAGGAGAACGAGUAUGUGGACAUCGAGACCUUCAGGUUUUUCACAGGUACGUGGAACGUGAACGGCCAGUCUCCAGACAGCAGCCUUGAGCCGUGGCUCCGCUGUGACACCGAAGCUCCUGAUAUAUAUGCUCUGGGUUUUCAAGAAUUGGACCUGAGCACUGAAGCUUUCUUCUACAUGGACUCGUCCAAGGAGCAGCAGUGGGUGGAAGCUGUGGAGAGGAGCUUGCACCCAAAAGCAAAGUACAAGAGGGUCAGGAUCAUACGACUAGUUGGGAUGAUGCUUGUGGUCUUUGUCAAAAAGUCCCACAAGAAUCACAUAAAAGAAGUGGCGGCAGAGCAUGUGGGGACAGGAAUCAUGGGAAAAAUGGGGAACAAAGGAGGCGUGGCAGUGAGGUUUGUUUUCCACAACACUAGCUUCUGCAUUGUCAACUCCCAUCUAGCAGCACACGUGGAAGACUUUGAGCGCCGCAACCAGGACUAUAAAGACAUAUGUGCCCGCAUGACCUUCCACUUACUGGACUACCCCCCUCUCAGUAUCGUCAAGCAUGAUGUAGUAAUCUGGCUUGGGGAUUUAAACUAUCGUCUGUUCCUGUACGAUGCUGCUGAGGUCAAACAACACAUUGCUAAGAACGAGCUAAAAAAGCUUCAGGAGGUUGAUCAGCUGAACAUUCAAAGGGAGACGAAGAAAGCCUUCACAGACUUCAUGGAGGGAGAGAUCAACUUCAUUCCCACAUACAAGUAUGACCCCAAAACAGAUCGAUGGGACUCCAGCGGGAAGUGCCGUGUCCCGGCUUGGUGUGACAGAAUUCUGUGGAGGGGCAACAAUGUCAAGCAGCUCAAAUACCGGAGUCACAUGGAGCUGCAAACUAGUGACCACAAGCCUGUCAGUGCCCUCUUCAAUGUCGGGGUUAAGGUGGUAAAUGAGCAGCGUCACAAAAAGGUGUUUGAGGAGAUUGUUCGGGCAAUGGACAGAAUGGAGAAUGAUUUCCUUCCAUCUGUAUCUCUGAGCAGGAGAGAGUUUGCGUUUGAGAAUGUGAAAUUCCGGCAGCUUCAAAAGGAGCGCUUCCUGAUAACAAAUGACGGGCAGGUCCCCUGUCACUUUGCCUUCAUCCCCAAACUCAAUGACUCGCAGUAUUGCAAGUCUUGGCUCCGUGCCGAGCCAAGCGAUGGAUUCUUGGAUCCGAGUGAGACCCUGGAGAUCUAUCUGGAGGUGUAUGUCAGUAAAGACUCUGUGACGCUGCUGAACUCUGGAGAGGACUCCAUAGAGGACAUUCUAGUGCUCCAUCUGGACCGCGGCAAGGACUACUUCAUUACCAUCUCUGGCAACUACCUGCCCAGCUGCUUUGGCACCUCGCUGGAGACUCUGUGCCGCAUGAAGAAGCCCAUCAGAGAGAUCCCCAUCACCAAACUCAUUGACCUGGGAGAGGACAGCUACAUGGAAAAGGAAAAGUCAAAGAUGAGCUUCCUGAUGGUGGAUGGUGCAAGUACUGAGGACAAACCUCUAAAGAUCCCCAAGGAAGUGUGGAUUCUUGUCAACCAUCUCUUCACCAAGUCCUGUGAUCAGGAGGACUUGUUCCAGACACCGGGCCUACAAGAGGAGCUGCAGAGCAUCAUCGACUGUCUGGACACCAGCAUCCCCGACUCCAUUUUUGGUUGUAACCACUCUGUAGCUGAGGCUCUGUUGAUCUUCUUAGAGGCCUUGCCGGAGCCAGUAGUGUGUUAUGAACUCUACCAACGGUGCCUAGACUGCGCUCAUGACAGUCGCCUUUGCAAACAGUUGAUCUCCCAGUUGCCCCGGGCUCACCGCAACGUAUUUCGCUACUUAAUGGCCUUUCUGAAGGAACUUCUCAAGCACUCCCACAACAACAACCUUACAGCUAGCCUCAUAGCUACACUCUUUGCUAGCCUCCUUAUCCGACCGCCUCCCAAACUGAUGAGCAGGCAGACACCAUACGACCGGCAGAAAGCCAUCGACUUCAUUCUGGGUUUCCUCAUGGCAGGAGAUGAGGAGUAACCAAGGUCGAUUGACCCUCACAACGUCAGUCGGGUUUGGAGUUGAGUGACCAACCUUGCUUACUACUGGCAAAGGACCUGGACCUGUAGGACACUGUAACAUGAUCCACUUGCUAUUUUGUCAUCUAUUGGAGACCAGUGCAGCUGUUUUGCACCCUAUCGUUCACAAACUCUCAUGUUAGAGGAAGAUGUCCAUUAGAACUGUGAUGAUUUUACCAAGUGUCAUAUCUUCAGUUCAUUCACAGUAUGACCGCUAGCUGGAUUUUGAAGCACUUGGGGGAGCUUUGAACUGAUGCCUAUGCACUUUCUGAUGACCUAAAGGCCCUUUGCCUCCGGAGUAGAGUUGUCCUCGUGCUCUGCUGACUCUUAUUGUAGGUGCUCAUGCCAAAAUAACCCCUGAACAGUGAAUGGUAUGAAAGUGAAAACACUAUGUAUCCAUAGAUGCUAAGCGAAAGACUCAAUUACACUAAAGAAAAGGAAAUUCCUGAAGUUUUAAGAAGUAGACUGAAUGCUAAUAUACUGUUCAAAGGAUUAAAUUGUUUGAAAUGGGAUAAUUGUGGAAAUCUAUAUACUAAGAAUGUUUAAGCUUAAGAUAAAUCACGACAAUCAUUCAUUUUGCAGCAUUUUAACUGAGGAGACAAUAAAAUAUCUGCAAGAAUUAUUUGUUACCAUACCCACUGUAUUUUAACUGUUAUUUAUAUUUUUUUUCUUCUACAUUUGUACCAUCUGAACAGUUUUUGGUUCCUACUACAGUAUGGUUUAUUUUCAGCUCUGCAUUGGUUGUAAAAUAUUUCAUUGGAAAUAUUGAUCCCGUUUUUAUCGUCCUGUUAUAGAAAACUCUUUGUCGUGAAUGUUUUUGCUGUGUUUCUGUACAAUUUCAGCCGUGAGCCUUACGUCACGUUUCGUCAGUUCCUCUUGAGUUACAAAACAAGUCUGUUAAAACGUGAACUUCCUGGUCCACCAGAAUAGUGUAGAGUCACCCUCUGUGAUUCUUGAUGUCUUAAAUCGUGUAAAUAGUGUAUGGGGUAUGGUGGUUCAAGUCUGUGAUGGUGUCUACAGUUUGUCAUGUUUGUGAUGAAGGUGGUACUGUUAAUAUAUGUUUGUUUACAUGUCUUUUUCCUCACUUCUGCCACAUGUUAAAGCUCACUAUUCGUUGUUUUAGGCCUGUGUGAUGCCAAAACACAGCCGUCGUGUUCUUCAUGGUAAAUGCAGAGGAGUAAUACUCUUGUUUUAAGUGAUGCAGCAUUUUCUGGAUGCAAGUUUAGCAAGAUUUAAUGGCCCGUUACUCUGCAGGAUACAGCCUGUCUUUGUGCACCUUUCUCAUUUGUGCCACAGAGGAAAUGUUUUUCUGUACUCAGUGUUGCAAAACAUGUCAUGGAUCUUGAAAUAAGGAACUUCUAUGCUGUGUAUCACAAACACUAUUUCCUCUAACAGUUUUACUCAAGAGAUGUCAGCAAUGCUUUCCUUUCUGACAUAAAUUCACAUUUAUGACAUUAAUUUCAACACUCAUGGCACUUAUAGAAGUGCCUGUCAGGCUGAAGUUGCUCUAUUCUUGCAUAGUUUCUUCUGCCUUAUUGCCAUCAAUAGACUAGAUUCUUCUGUAGGUGUUAAUCAAGCUGAGCUUUGCCAAAAGGUGGCUUGGCCUUGAAGUAAUAGUUCCUGGUGAUUGAUAUUUGGGAGAGCCAUUUUAUAAUAGCCAUUUAUUUAUUCACUUUAUUACUUUAGAAAUACUACCAUCAUCAUGUCAAACACAAAAUCAAUAUAAUCAAUAACCUCUGAUUUUAAGUGUUGUCUUAUGCCACUGUACCGACUGAUGCAUUUGUAUGGGUUCAUUGUGCUCUUUGUCUUCAGUUUUGUCACAAUCUGUUCAUAAAAUUAAGGUACACAAGGAAACACUUGCACCUGUUUUCAACUUUUCAGAUUUUUGGUGCUUUUAAUUUAUUUAACAGAAAUAAAAACUGUGUAUAAAACUG